AUGAGUUCAAUGGCAAGAGACCGAAAGGAACAAAUGGUAAUCCAGUCUUCAAUCGUCUUGCUUCAAGAAAGAUUCAGACAACUUCAGAGAACGCGAGAGUUAAGAGCUGAGCGAGAGCUCCUUAACCCUAAACCUAACCACCACGACAACAAAAUCUUACAAUAUAGCAACCAACCCGCGAGUUUUGGCUUCUUCCAGUUUCUACCUCUAAGCUCUCAAACAUCCUCGUCACCGCAGCUCCUCUCCUUCUCCUUAUGCCCCCACUCCACCUCUGAUUCCAUUGAAGAGCCUAGCUUUUGUCAUUACUGGCCAAACAAAGACGACAAGAAGGUGGUUGGGACUGAUCGAUACGAAGACGUUGAUACGUCUCUGCGUCUCUAA